CCAAAUUAUCAAUUCAUUUAAUCAAAACACAUACAAACAGCGAUAAUGGAAUUCAAUUUUCUUCAGCUGCUCCUUUCUCUUCCCUUCCUCGUCCUUGUCCUGCGCUUGUUGUCCCAUAAGCUUCCAAGGAACAAGAAGAACCUUCCUCCAAGCCCCCCUUCUCUCCCCAUCAUUGGCCAUCUCCACUACCUCAAAAACCCUAUCCACCAGACCUUCCGCUCCCUCGCUGACAAGUACGGCCCCGUGCUCUUCCUCCAGUUCGGCGCCCAGCCGACGGUCAUCGUCUCGUCCCUGCAGGUGGCCGAGGAGUGCUUCACCAAGAAUGACAUCGUGUUGGCGAACCGCCCCAACAGGACCGGUGGGAAGUACUUCGGGUACAACUUCACCACCAUCCUGGCGUCCCCUUACGGCGACCACUGGAGGAACCUGCGAAAGGUCAGCGCCAUCGAGAUCUUUUCGACCCACCGCCUCAACUUGCUGAUGGGGAUCCGGAGGGACGAGAUCAGGAGGCUGGUCCGGAAGCUGUCCCUUGCAUCCCUGCGGGAGUUCAACCUGGUGGAGCUCAGGUCAAAGCUGACCGAGCUCACGUUCAAUAUCAUGAUGAGAAUGGUGGCGGGGAAGCGGUAUUUCGGAGACGACGUGGUCGAUGACGAGGAGUCAAAAGAGUUCAGGUCUAUCGUCAAGGAAGUAGUUAAGAACGGCGGGGCCACAAACCCGGGCGAGUUUGUGCCCAUCCUGAGGUGGAUGGGCUACGGGUUUAAUAAGAGGAUGGUCGGGCUCUUUAGGAAGACCGACGCGUUCUUGCAGGGCUUGAUCGAUGAACACCGACGAAAGAAAAUCGACGGCUCAGAGAUCAAGAACACAAUGAUCGAUCAUCUACUCAGCUUGCAAGAAUCAGACCCGGACUACUACACGGAUCAAAUCAUCAAAGGGCUCAUAAUGGUCAUGUUGCUAGCAGGGACCGACACUUCGUCGGUUACCCUGGAAUGGGCACUGUCCUAUCUGCUGAAUCACCCGGAUGUGCUUGAGAAGGCAAAGAACGAGAUAGAUGCACAUAUUGGUCAAGAUCACUUGAUCGACGAACCGGAUAUCUCGAGGCUGCAUUACCUCCAGAACAUAAUCUCUGAGACCCUCCGACUGAAGCCGGCAGCCCCGCUCUUAGUACCCCACCGUGCAUCUGAGGACUGCCAGAUAGCAGGGUACCAUGUGCCGCGCAACUCAAUGGUUCUAGUCAAUGCCUGGGCCAUCCACAGGGACCCUACACUGUGGGACGACCCUACCAGUUUCAAGCCAGAGAGGUUCGAGGCGGGACCAGGAGAAAUCAAUAAAGAAGCUCACAAGCUGAUGAUGCCAUUCGGGCUCGGGAGGAGGGCCUGCCCUGGUGCACCCCUGGCUCAGCGCGUGGUGGGCCUGACCUUGGGGUCGCUGAUUCAGUGCUUCGACUGGAAAAGGGUGAGUGCAGAACCGGUCGACCUGAGUGAAGGCAAAGGCGUGACCAUGCCUAAAGCAGUGCCACUGGAAGCAAUGUGCAGAGCUCGCACAGUCAUACACAGGGUGCUUUCUAAAGAAUCGAUGACCACUAAGGGAGAAUAAGCUCGGGAUGACCUCGGACGUGCAAUUAGAUUGGGGACGAUCCAUGAUUUGAUUUAGUCGUAUGAGUUAUUAACCUGAGAAUCAUUUAUUAGUGUGCUUAGUAGGUAAUUUCAUUUUCACGUUAUUCUCCGAGAUGGAUAAAUGUGUCGGCUGAGGCUUGGUGAGGAAGACAUAUGAUGUCCAUGUUCUUCCUUUAUCUUGAACUACAUUACAAAUAAUAAACACAUGACUGGUUAUUGACAUUA